AUGCUGGACAGGGUGGGGAAGAAGUAUGGGAUCCAGUUCUCGUGGAACGGGAUGUGCUCUUCUGCGCUGGACAGCUUGCGGCUGGUUCUCUGGGCGCAGACCAAGGGGAAGAAUGAGGAGCUGAUGGCGGCUCUCGGCUGGCGGCAUCAUGGCAACGACCAGCAGCUAGCGAACCAUGAGGUGCUGCUCGCCUCGGCGGCGGAAGCCGGCCUGGAUCCCAGGGAGGCCAAGGAGGUCCUCAAUUCGCGGCGCUUUGAGAAAGAGCUGCUCGAGAGCAGCACGCAGUGGACGAGGAAGACUGUGACGCCUGCAGGGCAGGGCAUGCUCGUCAGCGGCAUUCCGGUGUUGAUCUUCCGAUCCGGUGGCUGCCAGGAGACGCUGCAAGGCUCCGUGCCGCAGAGCGAAGUGGAGGCGGCGCUGGCGCGGCUGGAGGCACAGGCACGUGAUCGCUGA